AAAUAUUUGGACCAAUCGUUUUAUUUGUAGAGUGCUUUUUUGACGAUAAUCUUUAUGAGUUUUUAAUUGCUUAUUUAGUGGGGAAGCAGUUUGAGGCUGUCUCGGCCAGAGGAUGGAUGAACCACGCUUAGUACACGUUCAGUUGAAGCUAUGAUUGGCCAACGCUCUUCCCUCUUUUUGUUGUGUAUUUGUGUGGUUUCUAUGAUAGCUGAAGCCAAGGACGCGGUAUGUACUAUUCGGACACGUCAAGAGUUUCCGCGUUGACGGUUUCGCAUUUUGUAGGGUGUUGGCCGCAAAAUGAAGACUACGCUCUUGUCCACAGAGUUUAAUUAUGAUGGAAAUUACGUAGAAUACUUUGGCUUGGAUCCUGGAAAAUCCAAGGGCGUACUCGGAAAUUUAACGAAACCGAUGACAAAAAUUUUCAUGGACAUUCGAGUCGUCAACGAGGUGAUGCAGCGGGUCGUCUAUAAGAUAGAUAACUUCGACGGAUGUGCAUUUCUAAACAAUCGCGUGAUCUCUCGGAUAUUCUCCCGCUGGUACGAAGCUAUCGUGGGCAACACCACGCACUUCAAGUGUCCUGUUCGUCCGGGUAUCUACUACCUCGAAAACGGGGCUACUACGGGCUUGGUGUCGCAGUAUCUUCCGGCUGGGACCUUUCACGUGUCUGUGCGAGUGAAACCGAUCUACGGCGGACCCUUUGCAAUUGAGAUCAUCUGGCGAUAUAUGAGGAAAUAACUUGUUGUCGCAAUGAUAAUUGCUGCUAAACUGCGCAGAAAGCGAAUAAUUAAAGCAGUAAUGCUGCCUAAAAAUCUCUUAUGCUUGGACCACAACAAACACAGGUCUGAGAGGGUAUCAUAUUGUCUUAUAAGUAAUGUAUCGUUCAAACUUGUUUAGUGGUUGUUUCUGCCAUUUCGCUUCCAUCGGAACGUGUCCCCAAUAAAGUACAAAGUGGACUCAUUAACCCAUCAGAUGGUUAGCUGUGCUAAAUAGAUGUUUUACUCGUGUAGAGAUUACCACUAAUGGCUCAUCAAUCAAGGGUGAACAGGGGAAGGAUACAUGGCAUGGCACUAAAAGCCAACGAGUCACCUGACUUGGCACAGAGAAAUUGAGCAAUUUUCUGGUCUUGUCGCGUGUUAAUUUGCCAAUUAAUAGCCCAUCAAUGGGAUGGGAUCAAAACUGAAUGGACGAAUGAUUGUAGGGGGUAGUCCAAUAUGAUCGCUGGCUCUGGCAGAUGGGUGUGGGCUCUUCUGGGCCUUCUUUCGGCUGUGGCCUGCAAGGAG